UCGGACAUCUUGCCUCCUUCCUCCCCGCCCGCUUCUGGUCGCUCCCCGUGACGUGACUAGCAGUCGCCCGGCGCCAUGGCGCCGUUGCCGUGGCGACGCGCCGCCAUUUUACCCCCUCCUUCUUCACCCCCCCUCUGAAUGGUAGCCAUCGGCUAUGGCGGGCUCGGAGGGCGGAGGCAGAGCCCGGUAUAGCCCCAAAACCCGGGAGCUGCUGCGAGCCAUGAUGGAGGAGUCGAAGCUGACGAGCUUCCAGAGGCGAUGCCUGAUGGAGUGCCUGGAACGGGGAGAUGCCCUGCCCCUCCAGUGCCACCCCACAUCCAGCAAACAACCAGCGCCCAUGCUGCCUGCUUCCUCCCCACCGCUCUGUCAGCCGAGCAGGCUUUCAGCUAAACCACAUCUUCGGCCUGCCAAGGUCUGCCAGGCAGGAGAUGCUUACACCCGAGACAAAUUCAAGCCACGAGCAAGGAGAGAUUUGGAAAGGGAGAAGCAAAGGCUCCAAAAUAUCUUAGCGACAGGGAAGGAUGUGGUGGAACACCAAGUAAAACAGACACUUGUUCAGACAAAGGAAGAGGAGAUAACUGAGAUUGACCGCUUUGAAGAAUUGGUGAAUGAAGUCCAGGAGAGGCAGGAGUUCCUGGCAGAGAUGGAAGCUCUAGGACAGGGCAAGAAGUAUCAGAGAAUUAUCGUCACUGAAAUCUCCCAGAAAAUGCGCGAGAUGGAGAUCAUUGACAAGAAGAGAAGCGAGGAAGUGAGAGAGACCAUGACAAAAGACUUUCCUGGUGGGAACAAAUCUGAUUCCCAUGACUAGGCCAAGGGAAAAUCGCAAAUGCAAUUUGUUCCCGCCUCUUCUCCCACAUCCCUGGCAUUGGAGUCUCAAGGCCUGGCCUGUGUCUGCCUUUCUCUCAGUGGUCCCCCUGAAGAGGGAGCAGUACCACCUGUUGCCUAAAGCCAGAAGGCAGGAACAGUUUGUACAUAGCUGGUAACAGAAGCAAGCUGUUGUAAAGUCCUACCCGUGCACCAGAUCCCUUCUUGCUCAACAAUAUGAAAGAGAUGAAAACACAACAGCAGCGGCUAUUAAAA